AUGGAGCCGAAACGAAAAGUUCUUCACGAGAAUCCCGACUAUGCACCACAUGCGCAUCUCGACAAGCGACGCCACGUGGUACGAGAGGCAAAACCCAGACUCGCGCGCCACGAAUACACUGUGGGCUGGAUCUGCGCCAUAGUUACGGAGUACGUCGCUGGGCAGGCGCUGUUAGACGAAGAGCACGAGCGCCAUCACGACCUCCCCUUGCAUGAUGCGAGCCACUAUACACUGGGCAGAAUUGGGCAGCACAACAUUGUCAUGGCCGUGUUGCCAGAAUAUGGCACAUCGGCCGCGACAGCCGUUGCUAGGGAUAUGCUGCAUAGCUUUCCCCACGUCCGCAUCGGUCUGAUGGUGGGCAUUGCUGGCGGCGCUCCGACACGCAAGAACGAUAUCCGUCUCGGAGAUAUCGUGGUCGGUACUCCUCGUAAUGGACAGAGCAGUGUGGUUCAAUACGACUUCGGAAAGGCCGUACAAGGUCAAAACUUUCAGAAAACCGGUUUGUUGAACCAGCCGCCAUGGCGCUUGAGCACCGCAGUCAACGGACUCCAAGCCCGGCACAGGAGAGGCGGGCACCAAAUACAAGAGACCAUCAGCGAUAUUCUUGAUGAAUACCCAAACUUGAAGAGUGAAUAUGCUCGUCCAGGUCACGAUAGCGACAUGCUUUAUCGAAGCAGUGUUGUCCACCCUUCAACGUCUGAGGGGCCCUGUGCCGAAGUUUGUGGGCAUGCCCCUUCAAAGAUCGUGGACAGACCUGCGCGGGCUGCGGACAAGCUUGUUGUUCACUACGGAACAAUUGCCUCAGCCAACCAGGUGAUGAAAGACGCCUUAAUUCGCGACAAGCUUGCCAUCGAACACAACUUCUUAUGCUUCGAAAUGGAGGCUGCAGGUCUAAGCAACACCCUUCCUUGCUUGGUUAUUCGCGGCAUUUGCGACUACUCUGACUCCCACAAGAACAAGGCAUGGCAAGGAUACGCAGCCAUUGCUGCUGCUGCAUAUGCCAAAGAUCUGUUGUUUGAGCUUAGUCGGCUAUGUUCUCCAACGCCAGCUCCGACAUCAACUCAGUUGCGCAACCUGGGGGUUGCCGUUGAUGGGGAACAACACCUGAUUGACGAACGAAGAAAGCAACUGCUGGAAUCAUUGACCUUCGAACAAAUUGAUGCUCGGCAAAUGACUAUUAAGAGAGCGCACGCUAGAACAUGCAAAUGGGUACUGAAAAGUUCUCAGUAUCUCGACUGGCUGGAUCAUAGCAAACGCGACACACAUCAUGGUUUCUUAUGGAUCAAAGGAAAACCAGGAACAGGGAAAUCGACGUUGAUGAAGUUCAUAUCCACGAAUUACCGCAAGAAAAUGCAGCAAAGCACUUUAAUCACCUUCUUCUUCAACGCACGAGGCGAGCAACUGGAGAAGUCCACAACGGGAAUGUACAGAUCGCUGCUUGUUCAACUUAUUGUCGGUUUUCCUCAGCUUCGGACGUUCUUAGACUUUCCAGCUAUGAUGACACCAACAAACGGGCUUCUAGUGUGGACUCUUGAGUCCCUCAAAGACCUUUUCGAAGAGGCAGUCUUGAACAUUGAGAAUCUGUCUGUGACUUGCUUCAUAGACGCACUGGAUGAGUGUGACGAAGAUGAGAUACGGAACACGGUGUCGUUCUUCGAACACGUUGCCGAAGCUACUACGCGGAAGAGGGUGAGCUUUCAGGUCUGCUUCUCGAGUAGGCAUUACCCUUACAUCACGAUUUCGAAGGCAGUCAGCCUCGUUCUGGAAGGGCAACAAGGGCAUCAGGAUGACAUCAUCAACUAUGUGAGCAGCGAAUUGAAGAUCGGGGAUAGCAAAGUCGCCCAGCAGAUCCGCCAUGAUCUUCAGGAAAAGGCGUCUGGAGUUUUCAUGUGGGUUGUUCUGGUCGUGGACAUUCUCAACAAGGAAUACGACGGAGGUCGCAUGCAUCGACUUCGACAAAGACUUCGAGAAAUCCCUAGCGACCUGAAUACUUUGUUUCGAGACAUUUUGGUCCGUGAUCGCCACCACAGGGAUGAACUGCUUCUUUGUAUCCAAUGGGUGCUCUUCGCGAAGGAGCCGUUGAGACCGGAGCAACUGUACUUUGCGAUACUGUCCGGGGUUGAGAUCGAUUCAACCGAAGCCUUGUCUGACUGGGACCCUGAGGAUAUCACAGCCGACAUUAUGAAGAGGUUCAUCCUUGAUUCCUCCAAGGGCCUCACUGAAGUCACCAAGGCAAAAACCCCGACAGUCCAGUUCAUCCAUGAGUCGGUGAGAGAUUUUCUCCUGAAGCACGAUGGACUGAGUCAAAUCUGGUCCGAGUUUGGCAGUAACUUCAGCGGGCAAUGUCAUGAAAGACUGAAAUGCUGCUGCAUCAACUAUCUUAAUGUUGCCACAUCCGUGCAAAUCGGCAAGACUCUCCCACAAGCCUCGUCCGGCGAAGCCCAUAAGCUGCAAGAAUCGGCAGAGAAGAAAUUUCCCUUUCUGCAGUAUGCCACGCAGCAGGUUCUGUAUCACAGCGACAAAGCGGAAGAAGCAGGAGUCGGCCAGCUUGAAUUUCUUCAAUCGUUUGAUCUCGCCGGUUGGAUAACCUUGGACAAUCUUUUCGAAAAGCACAGAAUACGUCGGCAUACGCCUAAUGCCAGCCUGUUGUACAUCUUAGCUGAGCAAAACAGAGCCAAACUCAUCAGAAUCAACCGCCACAAGCUGGCAUGCUUCAAAGUUGAAGAUGAGAGGUAUGGUACCCCAAUGCUUGCGGCUCUAGUUACCCAGAGUUCUGAUGCUGUACACGCAUUUUUGACUGCUCAUAAAGAAGCCAAUCCUAGCAGCUUGGCACUCAAAAAUUUGAAGAUGUCCCACCGUCAGGAAUGGACCGUGUUAAACAAGCAUUCACGGGAUUUCACCUUCAAUGCGAAAAAAGGCGUCUUUCUGCAUGCGUCUGAAUUCGGCAACGAAAUGGUCGUUGCUCUGCUCUUCGAGCUAGGAGAGACCAAAAUCGUUAUUGCAGACACUCGAUUCAGCAAGGCGAUGUCAUACGCCGCCAAGAGUGGGCACUUGGCCAUCUGCCACUUGUUUGUGAAUAAUGGCCAGAUAAACAUCGACCAACCGGACGAGUCUGGCUUGACACCAUUAUGUCACGCGUCCAUACACGGACAUGACACCAUCGUCAGCCUGCUUAUUGGAACUGGGCGAGUCCAUAUCCAGCGUAAGGACAAAGACGGCCGAACGGCAUUCUUUCAUGCUUCUAAGCAAGGGCAUGCCGCUGUUGUCAGACUGCUUGUUGAAACCGGUCAAGUCCAUAUUGACCAGAAGGACACAAGCGGCCGAACGGCAUUCUCACUUGCUUCUGAAAACGAUCGCUAUGAUGUCGUGAAGCUACUCGUUGAAUCAGAUUCAAUCGAGGUAAACUCCAGAUGCAACAAGGGUCGAACACCGCUUUCAUACGCCGCGUCCAAAGACUCGAAUUCAACCGUUCUGAAGUUCCUGCUUGAGAAUACUGAAGCCGAUGUGAACUUGAGGGAUAUAUCAGGCAAAUCCCCGUUGUCGUAUGCUGCACUGAAGGCCUUUCCAAAUAACAUGAAGCUCUUGCUAGACACUGGUAUGGUCGAGGUCGACGCUAGAGACGAGUCGGGGAGAACACCUUUGUCAUAUGCUGCAGGAAGUUUGUUCUAUGGUGUUGGUGCAGUCUGCGCUGCGGCACAAAAGGUCAAGCUUCUUCUUGAGACAGGUCGGGUCGAGGUGGAGUCUCGGGACAACUGGGGACGAACACCACUAUUACAUGCAGCCCAGACUGGCUAUGUUGAACCUGCCAAACUGUUAUUAGACACGGGUCAGGCCAGUAUAUAUUCAGAAGACAGGAACGGACAGACACCUUUAUCGUUCUGCUCUUCGCGGUUUGUUUACGAAGAAAGUCCCUUUGUCCUAUUAUUCAAACUCUACCUUUGA